AUGUUGUCCGCCGAGUUGUCAACCAUCAAUUCGCAGCUCAUGUCGCAUGGCUGGGCUAAACGGCCAUUGAGACUGAAUGCGCUCAGUGAGAAGGAUCACAAUGAUGUCGUAGCAGUUCUCUUCGAGCUUCUAGGUGCCAGUGUUAGCAACCUAGACGUCCUUGAGACGCUCAACGGGCGGCACCGUACCCUGGAGUAUGAAUAUGAGCGACUUCAGAAAACUGCCAACAACUUCAAGACCACCAAUUCGCGUCUGGAUGCAGAAGCGCAGGCUUGGAAGUUUAGAUGCGCCGAGAUGGAAAAGAGGCUGUUGGCGGAGCAGAACAAGACGAAGGAGCUAAGAGAGGAGAAUGCAAGAGGACGUAAAGCGCUGGAGACUGUCAAAGUUGCUGCAGUACAUGAGACAAAGAAAAUCCAGACUUGCCUGGACAAGGCUCUUGGGCAGUUGGCCAAAGUGGGAGACUUGGGACAUAAGCCGCAGGGUCUUGUACUGCUCAACCCCAUUCCCGCUGGAAGGAUACAGCCUGUUGCAGUCACCCAAUUUCCGCUUCUCGAGCAAACCCUUCGCGAUCUGACAGAUAUCCAAUCUAGUCUGCAGGAAGAGACUGAAGCUUUCCGCCACGUAACAGUAACCACUGGGAACGCUCUUCGCGAGGCUUUGGCCGCGUCUAUGGGACAAGAACCACCCCAAGGCCUGCUCCAAUCGCAAUUCUUUACCAGCCCCAGCACCAUCUCUGGCUCUCGCUCUAACACCUCUCAAUCCGCCUCUUCGCUCUCCCACCCCAACAUCGCCCAAGAACGGCUUCAAUCCUUGAUCGCCGAUCUUCGCACCCGUAUCACAGACCGGGUCCCUCAAUGGUCGCCUUCGACCGGUGAAGCGCAAGAGAAUUUGACGCCUGAGGAGAUUGAGGAGCGCAAACGAGAGGAGAGGGACGCUGAGAAGCAACAGAGAGAUCUUCACGAUCGAAUCAAAGACCUGGAGGUGGAGCUGGAAUGUGCAAAGAGGAAAGAGGACGAAGCUAGCAAGGUCGUGGCUGAUUACGCCAAGAAACAAAUUCAACAGGAAGUGAACGUCAAUGAUAGCAAAGACGACUUUGAGAUGGAGAAGCAGAGACAAGCCUUGGACCAGGAGAGGCGCCGAUACGCCGAGGAGGCCGUCAAGUUGAGAGAACAGCGCAGACGAUUGGAGGACGAACGCGCAACGUUCUUGGAAGACAAGCGACAGAAGGAAGAGGAGGUUGCUGCUCGUCUGGCUGCCAUUGCCGCUGUUCCUAUAGCAACCGUGGCCGAGACCGCAGUGAUCAAUCAGCCCAUUCCCAAGGAACAUGAAGUGCCGAAGGGCCCGUCUGGCUCCAACUGGUUCCAUCAACACCGACCGCACUCCCCCUCUCCGCUCUCACCUCAAGGCCCCAGAGUACGCACACCCAAGGCUCAUAUGGCUGGCGCCAGAAGGAAGAGCAUGAAGACGCCCCUCUCUCGGCUUGUGCUGGAAAAGGCCGUGAGACAAAAAGGGAAAGCAAUGGGCAUCAGCGAGCUCCUGAUCAGAGAGAAGGAUGAGGUCUCCCGGGCAAGCGUCCUCGGGGCAGAGAGAGGCCGGAAAACCAAUCUCGGUUCGAGUUCAUCUGUCCGACCAGGGUCGCCUUCCAGAAAGGGCAAGGAGAAGGCUGGAGAGAGCACAAUGGGGAACUCAGUGAUGACAAGUUUCACCUUGGCCAAGAGCAGGACGUCUGCUGGAAGCACUGGCUCUGCGGGUGGCACAACCAGAGUGACACCUCCAGCCGUCAGAGCUCUUGCGGGCUCUAGCAGAUCCAGAACCAGUGGUGAAAAGCCAGCCGUACCUGAAACCGGAAGUAUGAGGACAAGCACUGGGUCUGCAGGUACCGGUGCGGCCAGAAAACACGAGAUCGGCCAAGCUGGGGGUGUAGGGCCGAAAACUGUCGGGAAGAAGUCUGUAUGGAGGGGAUAA